AUGGGUGGGAUGGAAGCUACAUCCAGUAGGGACCUUUCCAGUAACAGCUCUUUCUGUUUUCCAGGCUGCUUUGUAGCUCAGGAGGAAAAGGUGCCCAGAGAUCCUGAUCUUCCAAGGCCCAAUAUCUCCCUGAGUCCUAGCACUGUGGCAGCCCUGGGAAGCAGUAUCACCAUCCGGUGCUGGGCGGAGGGUCUCAACAACACAUUCCAUCUUCAUAAGGGUGGAGAGGUGAGAGCAUCACAAUCAGCAGAGCCAGAUGGGGGCACAGCCCUGUUCCGAAUCAGCAACAUGAGCCUGGAUCAUGCAGGGAGGUACAGAUGCAGCUACCGACCAUUAAUGGUUUUCAAGUCAUCAAAGACCAGCAGGAAUGUGGAGCUCUUGAUGUUAGAUGCCAAUGCAGACAGACCCACCAUCUCCCUGCGUCCCUCUGAGAGAGUUGACCUUGCAGCAAAUAUCACGAUCCGCUGCCUAUUCAAUGGAAGGGGUCUCAAGACUUUCUAUCUUGAAAAGGUGGGAAGCCAGAUGCCACUGGAGCUGGAGACUCAUGAGACCAUGGCUAUGUUUUUCAUCAUGAAUACCUGCAAUGUCCUGGUGUAUAGAGGCUUGGAUCUCAACCACCUGUAG